UUUUCUGCAGUUUUGGCAGCGGAAUAUAACCGAGUCAUAAUAUUUAAGGGGCCCAUAGCAGACAAGGUGCUUCGAGGUCACGUAAUAAGAAGAGAAAAAGUAGCCAAUGAAGGAGGAUGUAGAGUGAAGUGUUUCCUUGAACCAAACUGUGUGUCUAUCAACGUGGGUCCUGCAGUUGCGGGGAAUAGAUCUUGCGAACUAAACAAUGACACUGAUGAAAGCCAGUCUUUGCUGUGGAGAAAGAAAAACUUUGUUCACUACUCGGUUGAGGUAAAACCAUAUACGAUAAUUGUUAUAGUGCCCAAGUUUGACAUUUACUACGUAAAUAUAUUAACACAUCGAAAAUUUGGAUAUAGACUCAUUAACCUUCCACACACUUAGCGAGAAAUAGUAAUUUAUCCUCCCUGCAUACCUAUUGUCGCAUCCCGGCAAACUAGGUUACGGGACGAAUCCUCUCCUGGCCUAUCGUCAGUAAUAUUUUUCGCCGUUUGUCGCUAGUCGGUUAUUCCCAUUCACACCCCUAAGUCUCUCUAUUAGUACGAAUAAAUUAAUUCACGGCCAGUAUCGCAUAUACUUAUCUACUCUUAUUAAAGUUAACCAGUUUUUAGACAUCUGUUUUUAGUUAUUUUAAUUAAUGAUGUUUCCUACCACUCAGAGAAGCCUCACAUGGUAAUAACCAGCAUUAUUAUUCAUUCAAAACAUUUCCCCGAUUCUGAUUGGUUGUGAAAACAAAAAAUAGCCGACGUUUCAUUCAGUGGUUUUUUAAAUUUGUGUUGUUAUAAGUACCGAGUCGACUGUUUUGGUUCGCUCCGGUUAUUCUUUUGUUGCUGUUGAAGUGAAAGAACUGGAGAGCAUGCGCUCUGAGGUUAGGCGAGAAAAAAUGCUAAAACAUGGCAUAAAAAGAAAAUUGAUUUUAUAAUUUAGAUGCUGAUAGAACAAAACCAAGAAGAUAAAAAGGGAAAGCAAAACUCGAUGGGCGACAUCUAGCUGCUAUUUGGAGAAUAUUUGCGGAGCUGGACAAACCUAAACGUGCACUAUCAAAGAUGAACAUAACAUCGAUGGAUCGAUGGAGGUAAGCAUCUUUUAGCCAUGUUUUUAAACUAGGAAUUAUUUUGAAUGAAUAAUAAAACAAUUAUUGAAUUCGGCUGUCGCAUCACAUGAAGAAUUAUGGAGAUCUCGGAGGGUGUUAUCCACCUCGGCCUACGGCCUCGACGGAUAACACCUUCCUCGAUCUCCAUAAUGCUUCAUAAGCUAAGAUACUCAGCCUCAUUCAUUAAUUGUUCAUUAAUUGACAUAUUAAGUAUUCAACAAGAAGGUAGCAGUUUUCGCGAGUUUUGAUUGACACCUGUAAUUCAGAAAAUAUCCUUUCAAUUGGCUAUUCACUGUUUUGAGACCGAAGUUCAACUGAAUGUGGCGUCUCGUUUCGCGACAGUUUCGGACGUUUUCAAUGCUACUCCAAAGCCUAGGUCAGACUAAGUCAGGUACCCUUAAGCUUUCCCCACGCAAUCAGCUGUCCUUAACCUGUCUUUGUUUCUUUUGUCGGGCCGCCAUGAUCUUUUUACAGACGUCUACAACUUCACUCCCAGAACAACUCAUUAUCUAGUCUUCUACCUCUUCACCCUAAACUCUAAUUUUGUCCUGCACUCGCCUUUCAUUUAUGCUCUCUUUACAUGUGCAUGGAUGUAUUCAAACGUGGAUCUAUGAAAUCAUCCUGCCAUAAUCAGUAUCUUUUGGAUGUGUUCUCAUUUAGGUUUCUUUUCAUAUAUUCUAAGUUUUCAAGUCUUAUGUGUAUGAGUUACCAUCAGACUCCAAUUCAUUCUCCCUCUGUUUUUCCGAUUACUGAUAAGGAGGAAGAGGAAACCCGGCACAACACACAGCCUUUCUAUUUAUACAUCAUCCAUGAGCAUAGCACGAUGCAUAUGAUCCAUGAGCUGCGUGCUUUUGUAGACAGAGUCAAAUGCCUAAAAGUCACAACUGACACAAAUUCAUUACUUUAUCUGGAAUGUUCCUCAGUAUAAAAAACUGCUCUGCAGCCUGUUCUUACCUGAGCAGUCCGUCUACUGCAUUCAUUUUAAUUCCAGUUUUGACCAUGAAUCCCCUAGUAACUAUAAGCAGUAUCAUGCACCCUUUUCCUUUCGGCCUUCACGCGGGCCUUUACGUUCACCUUUCUAUAUCCUUUGUCAAAAUCUCUUGGACUGUCUCAGACGUCUGCGUUCUUUGGUUACUGCUUUCUUUAAACGAUCUUCUUCCAUGCGCAUUUUCUCCUCACCAAGAUUUAUUUUUCAUCUCUGAAAAACCCUCAUAUCUUUUCUUUUCUUUCAUAACUUCAAUUUGUCUCUGAUCUCUUCAUAGUAUCCCGUGGUGUCCUGGUAUUCUAACCUCUGUAGAUCUAUCUUUACUCGAAUCUUUUCCCUUCUAUCUAUUACUGGAUAUGGCGAAAUAUACGAGGUGUCUCGCAUCAGCCGAAGUCAGGCUGAGGUAGUGGAUAAUACGAACACCCUGGCCCAGCGAAGAGCAGUGAUGACAGCGCGCACCUUCUACCAAUGUGGUCAGUGUUUGAAUCUUAGGAGCUGCACCAUGAUACUUACGUUGAGUUUGUUGUUGGUUCUAGUCCCCUCUCUUAAAAGAGAGGUUUUUCUCCGAUUACUCUCGACCUUUAUUCUUCUCAGAAACCAAUAUGUACUUAUUCAAAUUCGGUGCAGAAUGCUAGACAUAGAAUCACAUUUGGGAUGUACUACUUCAUUUUUUAAAAUUAUUUCAACUAGUUUUAGCAAACGGAAAUUUUUUUUUCUCUGGCAAAUUUUCUCUUAAAACAGUCAACGACCCUCCAGUGUCUUUUUUGUCUUCUUGCAUCUUUUCCAUUCAGUUAUUCGCCAAAUCGUCUUCGCCAAGCGUUUGAAAUCGCAGAGAGGAAGUGAAUUAAUCAUGAAAAUGAUAACGAUAAAUGAUAAUGAUAAUGAUAAUGACAAUGACAAUGAUAAUCAAGGCCCGGUUCCUGAAAGGCCGAUUAGCGUUAAUCCAGGAUUAAAAUUUUGUUCCGUUUCUGUAUUUUUAUUCCUAUUCAUUGCUUUGGGUAACAUUUUGUGUUAUCAUUACUGUAUCUCCUGGUAAAGGCUCAACAGUAUUUUGUAACCCCGAGUUGCUUGUUCUUACACGAGAAAACUUUGGUUGAGGUUUGGGUUAAUCCUGAGUUAAACUGAACCAUCUUUCCAUGAACCGGGCCCAAAGGUUUAGUAAUGAUAAUGGUUAAAAAAAUAAUUAUGACAACAUAAAAAAUAAAAAUGUUUACCUUCAGAAUAUUUGUAAAAUGAAAGGAGAUCCUUGCCCUGCUACAGAGAAUAAAUCGUGUCAGGUAGGAUUCACGGACAAACGCUACAGAUGUGUCUGCCGUGAUGGAUACAGAAAGCGUCCUACUGAUCAGUCUGAUCAGUGUGUAGGUAAGAUAAAGAGCUAGGAGACAUGUACAAUAACUCAUUGUUUGUCAACUGUGAUGCCCAAGCAACAACCGUGUGUUUAUUUGUUUUUGUGUCUAAAGCCGUCAUUCAAGUAAGCAGUGUCGUGUUAAACUGGCAGCUUGUCCCUCUUAUUAUAGCAUCAACUGAAAACUAAUAUUGAUGUAAACGUGAUGAAAAAUGAUGGAAACUAUCACCAGCCACAUUAAUUGAAGCUAACGAUGACUUCUACGAACGAUAUAUUUUAGUUCCAGAAAAUAUCCAAACCAACGGGCAACGGAAAUUCUGAUGGGAUGGGGGGUCCAAGGGGAGGCAAUUGCAGAGGAGAAGGGGUGGCUUUUCGAGGUCUUAUUUGCGGAUUGUUAAGCUAUUAAAAAGUAACAGCUCCUCUGUUGAGCAAACUGCCAUUUCUUUUACUGCAGUUAACCGGCGUUUCAAAGCAAGAAUUGUUGUUUUAAUUGAGGAACUUUGUAAUACGGUCGGCUGAAUGCUUUUUUUCACGGCAUCGCCACCUGAUCAGGUGGAAUAAUCGUCGAAUAAUUGUCCAGUUAUCUAGCGGUUGCUUUAUUACACUAUUGUAAUAAUUUUACUUAUCACCUCCACCAUAUGGUGCGGAACUCACAGAGCGGGGUUCCAAUUUAAGUGUGUGCUUACAGAUAGCCUACCCAGCCCAGGAGAGGUUAGCCACACCACCGGGGUCUACGUCCCGUCUUUUCGAACAGUGGUGUUGGUUCUUUUACGUCCCACAAGAACCAGAUAAGUGACAGUACUGUGAGACGUGACCUAAGGUUUUUCUUGCUUGACCUAGAAGAUUAGAAAGUCCAACCGUUUGCGGGUGUCAUUGCAAAGGCAGCACAUUUUACUCAGUUAUCUUAAGACCCAGAGUUUUACAUAUCUUCUCCUGUCGCCUGUUUUCAGCUUUCCGCUUUAUGUUCUUGAUCAAUUGCAGAUAUUGAUGAAUGCCAUAACGAUAUCCUUGACUGCCAACAAGGUAUUAGCUGAAAGCAAAUGGAGAAUGUGUGAAUUAUCUUGGCCUAACAUUACUCUAUCUAGUUUCUAAAUUGGGUUGAAAUUUUUGGGGAAAUUCAGACGCCGUAUCACACAAGAAUUUAAUUGUGAAUUUUUGGGAGGGGGAAAAACCCCUUCUUAUAUAAAUAAUAGUAUGAACUUUCUCAUUUAUUUGUGAGGGAUAUUUUAAUUAAAAUAAAUAUCAUUAGAGUUAUUUCAGGGCUGAAGGCUGAAAUCAGAAAAGGAAAAAAAAAAACAUUGCCAAAUUUGCAGUAUUCUCUCACGCUCUUACUAGUAUACAGAUUUAAUACUAGUAUUCUCAUGGAGGAAGCUUUGUCGUUAGAUGCAUUGACAACUCGUCGAAACGGGCUAAUUUUUUGUUGAAGGAGUAGUAUCAAACUAAUCGCAAGGAGUCGGCAAACGUAGCGCUCGAUGGCCAAAGGAGUCGGGUUGAAGAGAAUUAUAAGAUGAGAUUCAAAACCUGGAAAAAAGGGUGGUAAUGUACUUGCAUGCCAAGUUGGAAACAGACGUUGUAACAUAUUAGCAACACUACAUUUAUCAAAUGUUAUUUGUUUUUCCUUCACUCUCAUUCCAAACAUUUCUUAUACAGUACAUUAGCUCUGUUGUUUAUUUAGACACAGAAAACUGUGCUGCCCAGAAGUCACACCGUUGUCCGCCAAACUCAGAAUGUGUGAAUGAGCUUGGUUCUUACCGUUGCGACUGCAAAGAUGGGUUUGUAAAGGUUGGAGCUACAUGUAAAGGUAAAGAUCGUGAUUAAAAACAAAGUGGCUGUUUUCUUACAAUGAUAGAGAGAAGUCGCGUCAUGUUGCCAUGGUAGCAAAAUUUUUGGAUGACAACAAAUCAGAAACGUCAAAUAAAAAGGGAAUUCGCACUGUUUCAAACUUCAUCGAUCUUACUCAGUUUCAUUUGAUUUGUUAAAUCUUGGCGGAAUUCUUUUGGGGUUGAAGUGGUUGCAAAAGUGCCGUAUCAGAGUUUAGAAAAAGAAAAAGAAAAUGUUUGUGCUGUGUUCACCAACUCCAUAGAGCGGAAACGUGAAAUUUUUAAGUUCAAUGUUGGAAGAAAAAGAGCAUGAUGCACGCGCAACGUGGUUGUUUUGCUAAUAUAAACCUAUCGAUUUUCUGCCGUUCUCGUUGUUGUCGCCGUCGUCCUUGCUUUAAAAGCACGCUAUCGUUGUGAUCCAGAAAUUUUGCUACCAUGGCAACGUGACGUCACACUUCUUCUCUCUGUUAAUAUCUUAGUUUAAUAUUCCUUUAAACUAUUAAGAAGCGUUUCCUUUAUUCCUCACCAGAUGUUGAUGAAUGUCAGUCCCAUAAUCGGUCGUGGUGGUGUACACCUGAACAUAACAGUGAAUGCAUCAACACACCUGGCUCUUUUCGCUGUGGGUGUAUUCUUGGGUUUGCUCCACAUGGUAAACAUUGGCAGUGUAAAGGUUAGGAAAGAGAGAGUUUCAAUUCACAUGUCUUUAUAACAGGGCACACCUCACCUUUCCCAGCACCCUGAUGAAAGACACAAAAAUAUAAUAAAAUGGAACUAGCUUACCGUGGAGUCUCUUGGAGGGAGAUAUUCGAAGAUCCGGACUUGUUAUUAAUAUGACUAUAAUUAGGUUUAGGGAUAUUCACUAUCAUUAGCUUCGACUAGAAGCUACAGUCGCGACAAAAUUAGCUCGGACACUCCACCCGACGCCUCUUUUUCCUUCUGGGCGGUGUCCUCGUCCUCACAAUGUUGGUUAUCGCACUGUUAACUCACCAAAUCUUGAACGCCAACAUUGGGAGGGAAAGAAGACCGUAUAAGUAAAGUGUCCCAAAAUUUUAGACUGAGACUGAAACUAUAGUUCUACAUGCAUCUUCAUCAACUUUGGAGGCUCUGGAUGGAAGGGGAAGGCUAAAAAAUUAAUGUCAGUUGUCAGUUGAGUAUCUAAAUUAACUAAGAGCCUUAAAUGCCGGUUUUAAGUUAUCUUUAAGUUAUCGAAUGAGUGCAAAAUGGCUAUAUUAAUAAACUUGUUCUCACUAAGCAGUUAAGCUAAGAGAUAAACAUGCUUAAUAACAGAGUAAUAAUAUUUGCCCUGCGAUCUUCCCUUUAAAGGGAUCAAGAAAAGAAGAGCACAACGUUCCGAGUGCGUAUUGCUAGUAUUACUUGCAAUAAGGUCCACUGGAUAUACACGUAACCUUAUAAAGCAUAGCACAAUGCCUUGCUAUGAUUCGUUGGUUUGACUUUCCUCAACCGUGAAAAGCGCAAUUCCAUCCCCUCUGUUUUGAUGAGUUAUUUCCUCGGUGGUCCUUUUUCGUACGGCUAUCUGAUGUUGCGGUUUUUCCUUUUAUCAUGGGCAUCCGUGCCUUUGGAGUUUUUAAACCUCUUGUAUUUAAAGUUGGGAAGGUAUCGUGAUAUGACUCUCCUCUUCGAUCCCUCAAAUAUGAAAAUCAUGAUCACGAAUAAUAAAAGGUUUACGUAUCUCCUAAGUUACGAAUAGAUUCCAUUAUUACAGACGAUCAGGUCUUUUUACGAACCUCAUCAAUCCAUGAAAAUAGAUGCAAGUAUCUAGUGUCUAUGUACUAAUAGCGACCUUUUGAUGACCUCCAGUCCUCUUCGUCACUGUCGAAGAUGUCGGCUUUUGGGUCUGUUUCGUACCCAUCUACAUGAAUCUGUGGUGGGUGAACCUCACCAACAGCCACAGCCACCGAGAAAUCAUGGGCAAAUGUACUUCUGUCAUCCGAUGAACUUCUACUUCUUUACUAGCCCGCGAAAACAGCAAUUUCUCCUCGUUCAUUGGGCGUUGCGCCAGGAGAAACGUCUGCGCCUCAUGCUCAGCGACAGAAAUUCCAAACAGAUGAGGGUAAAAGCUGUCGGGAAUCUGGUUAUGAGCUCUAACUGGUCUGUAAUUGUUUACGAAUGACAGACAAACGAAAAAAAGACCGCAAAGGUCAAAUGUAAACGCAAUAAAUAUAUUACCAAGCAGUCACUAUUAGCGGAAUGUAUUCUUCUUUAGAAGAAGCAUUAGAGAAUGUUUUGCUGGUGCUCGUUCGUAGAAAAACACAAAACCUCACGAAAAUCGACCAGGAGAAAGUUAAAAUCAAAUAAAUUUACAUUUGGACCCCCAUGUCUUCCGCAUUAAUUAUGUAAAUAUUGCUAACGUCAUUGGUUUGGAAUUUCUAUCACGGAGGCGCAGACUUCUCUCCCGACGAAAUGUUACUAGAGGCGAGGAGCGAGGGGAGACGGCUCUUUUAGCCCAAGCUACUAACUUCACUGGGGUUGCAUGUUGUUGGAUUUCCCUCCUAAUCAGUUGCGAGGGACUCUUUCGCACAGUUUGGAUGAAUGGAAUAUAUGAAACUGAUGGCGAUAGAGCCUCUGCUCUGUCCUCGGUUGUAUGAAAAGGACAAGUCCUUAGCCUAAAAUGACGAUUAUCAUACUUGUCCUCGAGAACUUUCAAUGGCGUUUCUGUAUCAUCAGUCAUAGUGCUGAUUGGUGCAAACGCAAGACGCUGCAUGAAUCCACAACUAGUAAAUUCCAAGCCACUUGUCUGUUCAGGAUAAAAGGACUUGAUGUGGGUGAAAUAUUUUGCCCCCCAUUUAGUAAUCCUUUUCGAUGGCUACUUUGUCAUCAAUGCAAAAUCUCGGGUAUAUAAUACUGCAAGGCAAUGAACGUUUCAUGCUCAAAAUGAGACACCACAUGGAAACCGAUCAUGGAUAUUCUCUACACCUUUUGCGAGUUGGACCUCUUUUUAGGACUUCUUUUUCUCGUGCUGUUAGUAAAAAAAUAUUCCACUACGGCUAUCGAGAUCUAUUGUUGACAUUUAAAAUAUACAUAGGUUAUAUUUUGCUGAGUCUUCAUUGUAUUCAUGGCAAUUUCUCUUCUGUGAAAUCUUUAGAAUGCAAAAAUGCCCUGGGUAUGGAAAGCUUCAACAUUUCUGAUGGACAGAUAAGUGCCUCUUCUGAGUGGAAUGCCCCUGACCAUGCCGACCACUGCCGGGUUGCUACUACCUAUUACGCUGACCAGUGGGAUGCCAUCCACUCUGCCCACCAGGGCAGACUGCAGUUCAAAGCAGACGGAGUCAGAGGGGGUGCUUGGUCAGCAGCCAAAAAUGACUUUAAUCCGUGGCUCCAGGUUGACCUGGGCAGUAAUUUUACCAGAGUAACCGGUUUAGCUACCCAAGGACGAGAUGACUAUGACUGCUGGGUCACAGAAUACAGACUACUAUACAGCAGGGACCAAAAUUCAACCUUCCAAAACUAUAAAGAAAGAGGACAGACGGUAGCGAAGGUGAAUACUCCUUUUCUAUAUUUUCUUAGUACUAGGGUCAUGGAUGAACUCUGUUAAAAUCCAGAUAAUAGAAGCCGUAUUUAAAUGUAUCCUUGUUUAAUUUUGGCAUGAUUUCUCUUUAAAAUUCAACAAGCUGAACGUCUAGUCUGGUUGGUACAGGAAAGGGGUUGGAGUGUUCCAAAAACUGGAGUGACACUGAACCAUGAUAAAUUUAAUUCAUUAAAAAAAAAGCGAUUUAACGACAAUUACAAUAGUCAGAGGGGAGCUUAUUAGAUGUGGCAGCUUCUUAGAAAGCUUAUCGUGUGCCGGGCGUUAUAACGCGAAAGCACUGUCCACACACGCAGUCCAACACCAGCAGAGUUUUUAAGCCUCUGAUACAAUCCAAAAAGGUAAGAGUUGGGGUACCAGCUUUAUACAAGAAAAAAGAAAAGUAUAGUGGUGCAAUGUUCUGGAAUAAUCUUUCUUAUGAAGUAAAAACAGCACAAUUGCUUUCCCAAUUUAAAAACCAAUUUCCCUCUUUGGCUUCUGCUGGAUCUCUCUGAUUCAUUAAUUGGUAUGUGCGUAUAUUUUAAACUUGUAGUAAAUUCUCUUCAAAACUCCCUCCAACAUAAUUAACGAUAUUGUAAAACUAGCUAUAUUGUAUAAAUGUUAAGUACUUAAUUGUUCUCUGAAAUUUUGUUACUUUUGUGAACACCAUACUGCUUCCAUUUGUUUGUAAUGCGCGAUUGCCUACGCCCUACCUGGAAACCAGCUUUUGUUGUCUGUGGUUAGCGUUGUAAAGUAAAUGUGUUAAAAAAAGGAACGCGGUUUAUUACGUUAACCUGAGAAAAAGCCUUAAACCAUUUUGGUAGACAAAACGUGCUUUUCCUUAAGUUUUCAGUUAAUUUCGUAAUUUCUUGACAAGUUGUUAUCUUUUUUUUUUAUACCAGCGUUUUCCACAACCAGUUAUUGUAAUGCAGGCAGAAACUAUUUUAUGAAUGUUUUCCGUCAUCGCUACUGUAGAAAUGGAUCAGCAUUUGAAAAUGUUAGGCCAGACGUUUUUCAAGUUUCCUUUUGACUUAGUAAAUGAACUGCCUUUCCUGCCAUAUGCUUAAGUAGUCAGUUACAAGAGUUACAGUAAAGUCCUUUGGAAAUUUCUGCCCUGACAGAAAGGUUUUAUUCCAACACUUAAAGGAAGGCAGCCAUUUAAUACUUCAACCCCAGUCUGGAAGGUAAUCGAAGACAGUCUUGGAUUCUGGAUUCCAAGCUGUAAAUUCAGGAUUCCUUGUCAGUGGAACUUGGAAUGUGAAUCCCAAUCGUUGGCGGGAUUCCGAAUUCCUUUAGCUGAAUUCCCACAAAUAUAUGUAUAUAGUAAAUACCAAUAGAAUAUGUGAUCCUUUCUCCGAUAUCGUGGAUCUUAUUUUUUUGCAGGUAUUUGCUGGAAACAAUGACCGUAACAGUGUUGUUCGUCAUAACCUGACCAAGCUUAUUACGUGUCGUUACAUUCGUUUCAAGCCGACAAAAUGGCACAACCACAUAUCAAUGAGACUAGAGCUGUAUGGUUGUUAUGGUACUGCAUCUUGUCAUUGCAUACUAAUAUAA